AAUCAGAGUAUAUAUAUAUUGUUUCAACUGGAUUUGCAAGACUUUUUUCUUGUUUUUUCUUGUCUUGCUUUAAGUGGUAACUUUGAAGGAGUUCUGUUUUCAUGUUAAUGUAACAAUAGUCACCAACACUGUACUUUAUCUCUUCAGGUGUACAUUUCCAUCAGUGCAGUACGAUGUACUGAACUCUAUAGCGGUUUAAAUUCAAUAGUUGUCGCGGUUAUGCAUCCAAAAUCGCUUAUCAGUAUAUGUAUAGACAAUAUAGUCAGUGCCACCAUUAUAUAUUCCCUAAGUCAUCCACCAGAGAUAACAUGGCCGGGUGUGAGUCAACUGUGGGCGACACUUUGGCGUCUUCCUCUGCAGAUUCCUCUUCGAGCAAGUCGCCUCCUCCACGCGCACCUCACCCACGACCUUUGUGAAGCGACUUUGCCCCUGAUGACCCUUUUGGCGGCUGAGGCGAGGAAGGUUUCACUCUGCCCAACUGACAGACGACUCGCAUCUGCUCGCUUUUCCGACAAGAUGUUGAAAUUCAUAAGACUGGAGUCUCAACAUGAGCUCCGCGAUCUCGACAUUACUGGUGUGGAUCUCGGUUUAGAUACGAGCCUGCUGGAGAGUCUGCUGCCACGGUGCCCUAACCUCUGUGCCCUCAAGCUCGGCGGCAACACGUCUCCAGGUGUUCUCCGGGCUGCUAGAGCUUGCCCCAUCCAAGUUCUUCACGUGAGCGAACGACUCGUCUGGAACCCACGAGUUACGGAAAAGGACCUCGUGGAAAUAUUCUUCGGGGUGACCGAUGUUCAAGCGGAUCAAAUGCUGCAAAAUAUCAAAGACGCAAAGCCACUUAACUUGAAUCUCUCGUGGCCACUUUUAAAAGAUCUUUGUACUGGCUUCUGUAGAGCAAGGUGCGAGUUUUUAUUUUUAGUGCUGACUAUUUUUCAGAAUCUGGACAAAAUUUCAAGCAAGUCAAUACCUUCACAGAGAGUUCUAGACAUGUAUUUAAACUACAUGCAUAGUUCACCAGAUACUCCUAAGCUUAAGCUCAAAAGCUGCACGGUGGUAUCGGGGGAGUUUGUAAGAGUGGCCGUUGCUGUCCCCGACUUAGAGGAACUUACGUUGAUUUCUCGAGGGGGAUGUGACCAUUCCACGGCCGAGGACUUGAAGGUGCUGAGAACUCUUCCAUCGUUUAAAGUCCUGCGGCUGCGCGAUCUGCGACACUUUGGCCAAGGUGACCUUUCCAUAGUACUUGACAGCUUGAAAUUGAUUGGUCCAAAGUUAGUCGAGUUAGAACUUCAAGGUGGAAAGGUCGGCGAGGCAUGUGUAGGGUACCUGUCACUGGUUCUUCAAACGUGCCCAAAUCUUCGGAAACUAUGUCUAGAUUCAAACUCUGGUUUCUCAUCCACUCGUUCUGAACCGCUGAAAGUCGGCUGCUUAAGACACCUCAAAACAUUUACGUGUAAAGCUCCUCUUAUCAGUCACACGACGUUAAUUUCUGUGAUUCACUGGUCUCCAAAUUUGGAAAACCUGACUCUUGCUGGCAGAGUAAAUGGCAUUGAAGAAGUCUUCAAGAACUUGGUGCUCUUGCCAGAGCUCAGGGUUCUGAAGAUAACGGUAAAACAACAGUUGCCAAUCCAAGAUAUCUGCGAAGUUCCACGAUCAAUACAACAUAGCGAUUGUGAAUUCCAUGUACCCUCCGCAUGCCUUACAGAAGUGGACAUCUCAAAAAUUCAGUUUUCUGGUUGGACCUUUGUUCCAACAACUCUUGCAUCAAGACGGUGAUGCACAGGAGACUAAGCAGCAGGCAGGAAGCAGAUGACCGGAGGCCCGAACUGUAGUCGACGUCCCCCUCUGUGGAAGACGAAGAG